CACACGGCCCCCAAACGGUAACUAGAGAGCAGAAGAAACUCGCAUUCCCAUUCCCAGCCAAUCGCCUCUCGCUUUUAAAUCCUGCGCCCUACCGCCGCCUCCACUCCCACCGCUCUCAAUCCUCCCGCCUCUUCCUAAUCCGCCUCCUCCCGCUCAGUCGCCGCCGUGGAGGAAGGAGCAACUCGAUCGCCAGUCAUGACCCGGGGAGAGAACCAGGAGUCGCAGACCGGGAACGUCUCCGCCGCAUCUGCGGCUGCGCCGGGACCGAAGCCGGCAUCGGCGGGGGCCGGGAAGGGCGCGGAGGGCCAGUCGGUGGUGCGGCGGCUGCAGUCGGAGCUGAUGGCGCUGAUGAUGGGCGGCGACCCGGGCGUGUCGGCGUUCCCCGAGGGGGACAACAUGCUCCACUGGGUGGGCACCAUCGCGGGAUCCGCCGGGACGGCCUACGAGGGCACCUCCUACCGCCUCGCGCUGGCCUUCACCGCCGAGUACCCGUACAAGCCGCCCAAGGUGCGGUUCGACACCCCCUGCUUCCACCCCAACGUCGACGUGCACGGCAACAUCUGCCUGGACAUCCUCCAGGACAAGUGGUCCUCCGCCUACGACGUGCGCACCAUCCUCCUCUCCAUCCAGAGCCUGCUCGGAGAGCCGAACAACGACUCGCCGCUCAACACGCAGGCGGCGGCGCUUUGGGCGAACCAGGAAGAGUUCAGGAAGAUGGUGGAGAAGCUCUACAAGGCCGCCGCGUAGAGGACAGCACACGGCGCAGAUGCCGACUCAGGUUCUUCAAGCACCGAUCUCACUUGGAUCGAUUGACGUGGAUGGUUUUGUUGGGUUGGGUUCCCAGUCUGGUGCUGUAGCGGUGUAGCAGGAACGCGUGGGUAGCCUUGAGCCUGGCGAUUCUGUAAUUGUCCUUUGAGUUCUGAAAUGUUAAGAGAUUCAUUUUUACAUGACUUUUUGUUUUUUCAUUUUUACACUCUGGAUAUGGACGGGACUAGUUGAAUUUAGGAAGAUCGUAUGAUCUCGAAAAUGUUCAGUAACUGCAUCAACACAAUGUUCAAAUGACCUUCGUCCUUGUUGCCGACUGGGAAGGAAAAGCCACCUCGUUUCCUCUUCUAACGGCGCAGUGUUGCUCGGAUGAUGUAUCAAAUGGACCCUAUAGCCAAACUACGAAUGGUGUUUUGAAUUGGGAUUUUUUUUAUAAAGACAAUCAUUUUUUUCU